AUGCUGACGGGGAUCGGGGGAUUCGUGUUGGGCUUCAUCUUCCUGGCGCUGGGGCUCGGCUUCUACCUGUGCAAGCAGAGACCAGGAUCAAUUCUCCCCGGGCGUCGGGGCGAGUCCCUCAGGGCUGUGGGGCCCUGCUGCCGGCUCACCCCGUGCCAGCCCAGCGCCAGCGCUCAGCGGGGCUUUGGCUUCCCGUGCCCUUUCCCGUGUCCCCAGCCCAGCGUCACCACCCCCGUGUCCCCAGCGUCUUCCCCGGCCCGAACUCCGCCGCUCUUGAGCGCGGCCGCCGGCCCCGAGCCGCCGGCGUCCGCUUCAAAAGAGCCAACAUGUGGGGAUGGCCGGCCCGGGGCGGUUGAGCGGCCCUCGGGGGCCGUUCCUGGCCCCGGGCCGAGCGCUGACGGCCGCGUCUCGCCGGCAGGGAAGGCGCAGCAGGGCCUGAAGGAGCGGUACCGGCUGGGUUCGCUGCUGGGGCGCGGCGGCUUCGGCAGCGUCUUGGCGGCGACGCGGCUCUCGGACGGCGCCCCGGUGGCCAUCAAACGUGUGCCACGGAACCGCAUCCACCAUUGGGGCCAGCUGCCCGGCGGCACCCGAGCACCACUGGAGAUCGUGCUGCUGGACAAGGUGUCCGCUGGCUUCCCUGGCAUCGUCCAGCUCCACGAGUGGCUGGAGCUCCCCAAAAACGUGGUGAUGGUGCUGGAGCGCCCGGAGCGGUCUCAGGACCUCCUUCACUUCAUCUGGGCACGGGGCUUCCUGCGCGAGGAGGUGGCGCGGCACCUGUUCCGCCAGGUGCUGGAGGCCGUGCGGCACUGCACCAGCUGCGGGGUCCUGCACCGGGACAUCAAACCGGAGAACAUCCUGGUUGACCUGGCCACCGGGCAGGCCAAACUCAUUGACUUUGGCUGUGGCACCUACCUGCAAGCC